AUGUAAAAUUUUUUAAUAGUGUUUAUUGGUUGCAUAAUUGGUGUAAUUUUAAUUUAAGUUAGAUCGUACAAAAACAAAAAAUCAUCACUUCCUAGCCAAAGAAGUUCAAAUAAAAUAAGAAAUAAUAACAAAUAGCUAUAAUAAUAAAACUAAUAAUCAUAAGAAAAUGGAGAAUAGAUACAGAAAAGGGAUUUUUCCUAACAAUCAUAGAAUUUGACAACACAACAAAAUUAAUUGGAAUAUCGUAUGUAAUCCUUAGACAGAAAAUAAGCUCAAAUAAAUAAAAAUUCAGAGGAUUCAAUCUAAUCAAACUUUAAAUAUAGAGAUGAUAUGUAAAUUUAACAAAGAGAAAGACGCAAUUUAAAUUCAGUUUUGAAAACACCUGUAGAUGGAAAUUAAAAGAAAGAUUCUUUAAUUUCUUCCAAUUCAUUUAACUAAUUUAAAGAGCCUUUUACAUAAUAGAAUUUAAUUCAUUAACCUUAAGUUACAAAUAAUAAUCACUUAAGUGCAUCAAAUUAUUAAAUUGUUUAACAAAAGAUAUUUUCUUUAUAUGAUAUAUCAUGUAGAAGUAGAAAAAGCGAUAAAAUAUUUUUGGGUUCUGCUAUAAUUUCAAAAGAUUUUAGUUACUUAUCUAUUGAUGAUUAAAUAAAAUAAUAGCUAAAAUUAUUUUUAAAAGGUUAUAGAUAAGUUAGAGGGGAUGGUAAUUGUUACUUUACAGCAAUUGCAUUUCAAUACUUUGAGAUAUUGUUAAAUAAAUUUAAUUAUUUGGAAUUUGAAGAAGUUAUAAACCAAAUUGAGAUGAUGGAUUUUUUGAUUUAGUAUGAUGGGUAUUUCUUAGAGUCUAAGUUAUAGAAUUUAUGUGCUAAGAGAUUGGUUUAACUAUUAAAAAUAUUAAGAGAUAACCCUUCAUAACUAGAACUAAUGAUGGCUAAUCCAAAACAUGAAUUUUAUGGAUUAGCAAUAAUUUUUUUUAGAAAUUUAUCUUAAUUAUUAUAUUUAAGAUAAAACAGUCAAAUAAUUGGUGAAUAUAAACCAGAUUUAAGUAAUGAAUUGUUAACAUGGGAAUUUUAGUGUAAUGAUUCAGAAAUGAUUAAUUCAUCAUUAGCAAAAUAUUUAAAUAUGUAUAGAAAUUGAAAUAAAAUUAGAAUAAUAAAUGUGUAUUUGAUAGAUAAAAAAAAUAUAGAAGUAACUUAAUUGAAAUAUGGAUAAUAAUCAAAGAAUGAAAUACAUUUAAUAUAUAUACCAGGACAUUAUGAUAUUGGAAUACCAAUAUGA